AUGUCCACUAUAGCUUAUAGGUACUGUUUAUGCAUGAUCUUAGAAAAUGUGAAUGUUGCUCCUAUGCUGAUUUUGCUCAAGGGCGCCAACGGGGAUGAUUUGAAGAAGAUAAAACGUGUUAUCCAGUAUGGAGUUUUUGCUGCUUAUCACCUGGCUCUGGAGACAUCUUUUCUUGCUGAUGAAGGUGCUUCCUUGCCAGAGCUCCCCUUGAAGUCCCCAAUUAAAGUUGCAUUGCCUGAUAAACCAUCAACUAUUCAAAGAUCCAUUUCUAUGAUUCCUGGUUUCUCUCUACCCAUAGCCCAGAGACCGCUCGAUCACCAUUGCCUUGGCAUGUCAUCUCAUUCCUCAACCAAUCUGUUAUCUGGUAUCACAUCAUCAUCCAACAAUGCUCCAAUGCUUGUUGAACAGUCAAGUUUGCCUGAAGUUUCUAACUCAUUAGCUAGUGCUACAACUGCCUCAAAUAAGGUAGACCUUUCUGAUUGUCUUAAUUCCUCGCAUCAUUCAAGGCUUCAGUUCUCAGAUCAAGCUGAUGAGAGGAAUAAAAUGGCUCCAAAUGACCCUCAUGAAGAAUCUCCACUGGACAGAGGUGAAGUUGCAGGAAAUGAUUAUAUACCGAAUUUUCCUAGCAAUGCUUUGAGGGAUGCUGGUAGCCUUUCUCAUGUUGUGGAAAGUUCACGCACUAGUCACUUAACUUCAGAAUUGUUGCUACCGGAAUUUGGUAAUAGUUACUUUGAGGAAUUAGGCUCACUGAAGCAAGAGUUUCCUUCCUCAUCUUCCGAUCAGCAGAGUAUUUUAGUGUCCCAUUCAACACGCUGUGUUUGGAAAGGAACUGUUUGUGAGCGCGCUCAUAUUUCUCGAAUAAAAUACUAUGGACUCUCUGAUAUGCCUUUGGGCCGUUUUUUACGGGACCAGCUGUUUGCUCAGAAUUAUAGGUGUCCCUCAUGUGAAAUGCCGCCAGAAGCACAUGUUCGUUGCUAUACUCAUCGGCAAGGCAGCCUCACAAUUUCUGUAAAGAACCUACCUGAACGUAUCUUGCCAGGAGAACGGGAAGGAAAGAUAUGGAUGUGGCACAGGUGUCUGCGAUGUCCUCGGACCAAUGGUUUCCCUCCUCCAACCAGGAGGGUAUUGAUGUCUGAUGCUGCUUGGGGAUUGUCAUUUGGGAAAUUUUUGGAACUCAGUUUUUCAAAUCAUGCAGCAGCGAGCAGGGUCGCAAGUUGUGGUCAUCUUCUUCACCGUGAUUGUCUCCGGUUCUAUGGGUUUGGGACAAUGGUAGCUUGUUUUCGAUAUGCUCCUAUUGGUGUUUAUUCUGUAUUUCUCCCACCUCCAAAGCUUGAAUUUAGCCAUGAUAAUCACGAGUGGAUUCAGAAAGAAGGUGAUGAGGUGCACAGCAGGGCGAAUGCUUUGUUUGCUGAGGUGUCCAAAGCUCUUCAUGCAAAGUUGGAAAAAAUUUCUGUUGAUAGUAGCUUGAAAGCACCGAAUAUAAGUGAGCAGAUUGUAGAGAUGGAAGAAAUAUUAGAGAAGGAGAAAACUGAGUUUGAGGUGAUUCUUUUAUUUUUCCCCUCCUGUUGCUUAGAUACUAAGUUGUAUCAUCUGCAUUGGUGGUGAGGUAUAAACAAAUUU